ACGCACGCUAACCUGUUUUCCUAGAGACGUCACGGCUGCUACAGCUGUUACCACGGCAACCUUUUGCUAAGUUGUCACUUUCAAACACGUACGCUAACUAUUAGCGUUAGCAGCCAGUUUCAGAAGGAUGGAUCGCGUUUCUCAAAGCCGCGUGGACCCGAACGGGUUGUACAUAUUCUCAAGUCGUCCCAGACCCGUGGAGAGCUGCUCCAAGCCCAAAGAGACUCCACUGCGACCGGUCAUUCUGUCACAACGCCAUUAUGAUAACAUUAUGGAUGAUCGCCGAGUUGUCAGACGCCAUGCUCAGCAUACCAUACCAACAAAAGCUCAGCAACCCUCUGCUGGUAUCAGAAGACAGGCGGCGAUUGCUCGUAAACAAGCUAUAGUGCAGGCUGAACCUGGGACUCCUAAACCGCUUCAGGGCAGACUACAUACUAAUGUCCAGACAGAGCUUUACCUUGAGGAACUGAGUGAUGUCAUCACAACUACUGACAUUGAGUGUCAGACGGAUGACUUCAUAGACAGACCACAAACUCCACUCUAUAUACCUACCAAAUCUGGCAAAGAUGCUGAAACCCAAAUAGAGGACGGCGAGUUGUUUGACUUUGAUAGUGAAGUCCAGCCAGUCUUGGAGUUUCUGGUGGGAAAAACGAUUGAACAGUCCCUACUGGAGGUAUUGGAGGAGGAAGAGCUAGCUACCCUGAAAGCACAGCAAAGAGCCUUCAGAGAGCUCCGAAAUAACGAGCUGGCAGAGGUGCAGCGUCUCCAGGAGCAGGAACGACGUCGCAAGGAGGAGAAAGAGCGUCGAAUUGCCCAGCAGAGGGAGAGGCUGAGGAUGGAGAAGGAGACCAUAGAGAAGAUCACUGCUCGGGCUUUUAGCCAGCAGUACCUGGCUGGCCUCCUGCCUGCAGUCUUCAGCUCUCUGAGAAGAGAUGGCUUCUUUUAUGAUCCUGUGGAGAGAGAUAUUGAGAUGAAUUUCAUGCCAUGGCUCAUGGCCGAGGUGCACAGCAGGUUGGAGGAGAGAAACUCAAUGAGAAGUCUUCUGGACACCAUGAUCUCUGAAGUUAGUGGAAAAAACCUUUAAGGAGUGGAAGGAUCAGGAAACACAGCCGGCCAGAUCUACUCCAUAAACAACUCUCUGGCACAUAAUUGCUCCUAUUUACAUGAAAAUGGAUAUUUUUGUUGGUAAACUUGCUGUGACUACUUUGUUUGUUUACUUUUGUGCCAUGUCUUUUAGGUCUCAGAGGAUUUGUUGGGAACUGAAAGAGUUGUGUGAUAAUCUGGGUUAUGAGUCUGAGAGCUUUGACAUUCAAUCACUUUUAUAUAAAAGUGAUUUGAACUGCACAAUUCUUAAUGGCUUAAAACUAAAGUACAUUAAACUUAUUGGGGGUAAAAUUGGACCAUUUUGCUGUUUUUAUUUAAGUGUGUAAAACAGAUCUAAACAAAUGUUUCUACAGAGCAGCUGCUACAUGAGGUUGUGAUUGAGCCACCAUACACCACGAGAUAAAGUUACAGUCAUUAAUGAGGUAGCAAAUAAAUAAUGAAUACAAAAAGGUGCAACAAGGAGGCAACAAAAACUUGUUAAAAUAUGAUAAGAACAAAUAAAAAAGAUGCAAAACAUCAAA